UCUGGUCUUUGCCGCAUGUCCCCCACCCACCCGAGGAAAGGCUUGCGGCAAGUAGAGCCCCAGGAACAGCAGCGCUGUGUGCACCGGCACCCGGCACGGAGCUGCCCUCGGCAUCGCCCUGCGCCCCGCUUAGGGCUGGGCUCUCACGUUCCGCUGCAGAGGAGCCGAGCCCCUGGGAGCCCCCGGGAAGAGCGGGGGAUCGGUGGGGCGGGGCAGAGCCUCGGUUGGAGGCGACAGGGGACACCCCGGCUUCCCCACCCACCGCAUCCCCGGGGGCAGAGAGCCGGGCGGAGGCUGAGCGCAGCCGAGGGGCGGGGGGGAUCGGGGACACCCCGGGGGCGGUCCGCGGCCCCAAUCCUGCCCCGGGGGCUGAACCGGGCUGGCCCCUCCUCCGGCACGGCCUCCCGCGGGGCGGCGGGCCCCGGGCGCAGAGCGGCGGCUGCGGGGCGCUCCCGGAGCCCGCUCCGCCGGGCCAUGGCGAGCACCGGCUCCGCGCCCGGCGGCUCGGGCUCGGGCUCCGGCUCGGGCUCGGGCACGGCGCUGCCCACCCGCUUCCAGGAGACCGAGAAGCUGCUGGCGGCGACUGAGAGUCGGGAGGAAAAGGGCCUCCGCGGCUCCAAAUCCUUCACGGCCGCGCUGCCCGGCGAGGCGGAGCGCAACGGGCACGGGCUCUCCUACAAGUCGGUGUCGGUCGGGCACCUGGAGGCGCCUCCGCUCUCGCCGUCCCGGCUCAGCCUGGGCAGAGCCUCCUCCAUCGCCACCAGCACGGCGGCACCGGAGCAGGGCCGCCCGCGGGACUACCUGGUGCUCGCCAUCUUCUCCUGCUUCUGCCCCGUCUGGCCCAUCAACAUCGUGGGCCUCGUCUUCUCCAUCAUGUCGAGGAACAGCGGGCAGCAAGGGGACCUGGAUGGAGCACGGCGACUCGGGCGCAUGGCCAGGCUGCUCAGCGUCGUCUCCAUCGUCCUGGGGACCAUCAUCAUCGUGCUCUACAUUUCACUCAGCAUCAGAGUUUCCUAGAAGACGUUUAAAGCAUGCAAAUGCCUCGAAGAGGAGGAAGACAACUUUCCUUUUGGGGGUUUUACUUUCAGCCUUGCAACAAAAAAUUGUCACAGUGUAGGUGGGCAACCCUGGACAGCCUGCUCUGGAGCGCCGUCGGAAGGAACGCAUGCUUCUACUUCAUCGCCUCUUGGAAAUGAGUUUGUACAAGUGAUGGGAUAACGAACAUCGCCAGAAGGAAUGGGAAAGGACAUGGGAUGCCACGCAGAGAGGAGAAAGGGGAAAUCCACUACCUCAUUCCCCUCCAGCAAAACUCACGGAGUGGGGAGACAACUAAAGUACAAGAGAAGGGAGUUCCAAGAAGGAAGCUUCUUUUAAAAGGCGAGAACAGGACAUUCUGAGGAAUCCUCCUGAGGAUUUUGGCACAAGUCACUGAAUCCAUGGGGAGUUGUUGGUUUUUAAAUCGUCAGAUGCUGUCUCUACAAUAAAAAUAAAACCCCAAAGCUCAAACUGCCAUCGGGAGCUGAGAGCUGCUCCAUGGAGAGGAGGGAAGAGCAGAGCUGCAGCAGGACCACGGCUCUGCUCCACACGAAACUGCAGCAAAAGCUGGAGGAUGUGGUGGGUGCUUUUGUAUUUUUGAUGAAAAAAAAAAAAACCAAACAAAAAAGAGACAAUGACCAUUUGCAUGCCUUUGGGAAUGUUCUCCAUGUCUGUUCCUACGAGCUCUUUUAUCGCUUAGGGCAGAUCUCAGAGCUGGGAGAGCAGGAUGUUGCUGCAUGAGAACCCCAGGCUCCUCCUCACCCUGACCCAGUGGUGGGGUUUUUAAUGGAAUGAAAACUAAUGCUGUCUCUGUGAACCCACCCGUUUCCCUCUCUGUGCACCCAAAGCGAGGUUAAUACUCAUGGAGCUGAGAAAAGAGCCUGGUGUAUCUGUAGCAGCAGUAUCAUGGCACGGAGAGCCCGUUCUACCCACUUACAUAUUUAUGUCACAUCAUGUCCAUCACACAGGAGCUUCAGCAUGAUCCAGCCCCCACUUUCCAACCCUUUUGGGCUUCAGAUUAGGGCUUUCCAGGAGAUUUUCAGAGGCAAAGAGGAGUUUAAAAGCCCUGUUCCUUUCCCUCCAUCCCUAACAUGCUGUUCUGCAUCUCUGGAAGUCUCCAGCACCCCCGGAGCUGGCUGGGGUCAGUUCCACAAGUAGUGUUAUUUUAUAAUGUUUUAUAUUUAAUGUAACAAGAAAACAGACUUUGCUCCUCCCAAGCUGCCUGUAGGUACUGUGCACUCUGCCAUGUCUUCCACACCAUGCUUCUUCCCCUGGGAUCCGAUCCCAACACGCUCCCUCGAGCCUCCAUUCAGCCCCAUCCCUUCUUCUUCCCCCUCACCCUGUCCGUGCUGUGGGUUGUUAUUGAGGUUGGUCUCUAUCUGACCACCCGGACUAUGCAAAGUUUUAUUGCCUGUGAUUUAUUCAGGCUUUGUAGGUGAUUUCUGACCAUGUCCAUGGGCUCUGCAUUCGCUGAGCCUCUCUUUUAUCAGAACUUUGCGGGCACAAGUACACGACCAAGAGCUGCACUCCCUGGCCUUUCUGUUGGCUCUAGCUGGCAACCUGGCACCAAGAUACAUGGACUGCACCAAGGUACAAGGUGCUUCAAGGCACUUCUGCUCCCAACCAUCAAUCUCCUGGGGAGAAAUAAACCCCAAACAACCCAAACCUUAGAUCAAAUCGAACGUUCCCGAGGGCUUGUCUGCAUGGAGAAUCUACUGCACCCCAUAAGAAACUUCACACAUGGUAACUGCUUCGCACUAGCUUCUUGUCUGGACUAUGCGAGUGCACGUGUGGGGUUAGCACAGUGUGGGGUGCGCUGUAAAUCCACGCUGUAGUUACCCCGGAACUCAAGUAAAGCCUAGUGGAAGAAAACACUUUAAAGAGGAGCAACCAAACAGGUGACAAGAACGCCCAUGGCUCUGCAUGGUAGUCACUGCAGAAAGCCACGUCCCCUAGACACUCUGUUACCUUUCUUCCCUGUGUUAAAUGGGAUUCACAGCUAUAGCACAUCCCUACAGCACUUUUCCUGGGGCUCCAUACCCGUCCACCCCUUUGCCGGCGCUCUAUUACAAAGCAUUGGCUUCAAAAAUGGGCUGAAUU